AUGCCCCCCAAGACGAGAAAAGGCAAGUUCUCGUCCAACGACGAUCCCAAACAGACUACCCUGAAAGGUUGGAUCACCCUCACCCCCUCUUCUGCGGCUUCCCAGCCAUCCUACACAAGCCUAAACGAAGCACCCACCCACAAAAACCCCAAGAGAGUGGCCACUUCCUCCUUGGAAUCCCACGGCUCCACCGCCAAGAAGUCGAGGGUGAGAGGAGAGCAAACGAACGUUAAUCCUCCCGAGCCCAAAACAGCCCAACGUCCCCCCAUCGCCUCGACCCAGGACGAGCCUGACCCCGACUCCGACUCCGACGACAUCUCGUCAGACGAGGAUGAGGAUGACUGCCCCCACUCCGACGACGACGGCCAAUCAGACGAGUUGGGCAACCGUUUUGCGAGGUGCUUGAAGGGGGAAGAGAUGACGCGCACGAGUUCCCCGGUCACAGGAGACGACUUUUGGAUGAGGUAUCUCAUCGAGCCCCUUGUGAAGCACGCAUCUCGCCUGGGUUUGAAGGCAACCCCCUUGCCCGACGUCACGCACAAGCGACUUAGCGACCUCUUGGACUUCGCUCUGGGACGCAAAAGCGUGAGCUUCGUCUGGACCGUCUACACAUUGUCCAAGCAAAUUCGGGAGCGGCUGCUCCGGCUGUGGGGGUUAUUCAUGCCGAAGAAUUUCCAAAAGCUCCUGGCAGGCCCAGAGCCCCCAACCAUCACCCAAAUCUAUUCCCUCAUCGAUGCCAACGGUGUAUACUGUAACGAGCAGGGUGUCCGAUUGGACAAGUUCGAGCGCCGAGGUGAGGUUCAGAGUCGCUGUCUUAGCGAGUAUUGGAAGGUGGCGUUGCCAGAAGGCGAUGCCGACUCUGAAGAUACCGACUAUGACGACAUCGACGAACAAGAUGCCGAACAUCAGUAUAGCGUUCACCACCACCCGCCCCUGCCUUUACUCCUAUAUACGGGACAAACGGCGAAGGUGAUCCCCUCUGGCAACACGAUGGGGUUUCGACCGCGAUGGAGAGAGCAUGUGAGGAAAGCGUACAGUCGUGACGAAGCGGAUGAGAAAGACAGUUGA